UCUUUUACACUCCCUCCACGCUUGCAGUCCUGCCUGUGCAAACUCUUCCCUUCCCUUCAAAGUACACGCUUCUCUCCAGCAAGCAUAAAGGACAGCUGCCAGAGAAACACUUGGACUCUGGCUGCACAGAAUCCUUUUAUUGUGAUUUAUCGAUCAUCGGAUCAGACUGAUUCGGAUUAAACGCAUUACAAAGCGUCUGGUGAAUCUCCAGACAUGACGCAGAGCAACGGGGAGACGCGACUCCAGCGCAGCCGCGUGCAGCAGCUGCGGGACGGAAUCAACGCGAGAUCGCGGCGAGUGCGCUCGAGUGUACAGAACAUGAAAGCUGAUGACGUCAAAGGGUGCUUCAGGCGGAAUGCCUUCGUCAUCUUCACAAUCGCUGCCGUCAUUGUUGGUAUAAUUCUGGGUUUUGGACUGCGGCCGUAUAAGAUGUCUUAUCGGGAGGUGAAGUAUUUCUCUUUCCCUGGAGAACUGCUGAUGAGAAUGCUGCAGAUGUUGGUGCUCCCUCUACUGGUCUCCAGUUUAAUUACAGGUAUGGCCGCUCUGGACAGCCGAGCUUCAGGGAAGAUGGGUAUGCGAGCUGUAAUAUACUACACCACCACCACCAUCAUCGCCGUCUUCAUCGGGAUCGUCAUGGUCCUUAUCAUUCAUCCUGGAAAAGGAACCAAAGAUGAAUUCGCCAAACAUGAUAAAAUAGAACAAGUUAGUCCUGCAGACGCCUUCCUGGAUCUCAUCAGAAAUAUGUUUCCUCCCAAUUUAGUGCAAGCUUGUACACAACAGUUUAAAACCAAGUAUGCCAAGCGGGUGGUCACGGUAAAGAUUACAGUGAAUGAAACAUUGUUCAGUUUGAAUAACGGGUCAGAGGAGCUCAAACGCGAGGAGCUUAUACCGGUGUUGGGAACGGUUAAUGGAAUCAAUGCUCUCGGCCUGGUGGUCUUCUCCAUGUGCUUCGGCUUCAUUAUCGGAAGCAUGAAAGAGCAGGGUCAACCGCUACGCGACUUCUUCGACUGUUUGAACGAGGCCAUUAUGAGACUGGUCGCCAUUAUCAUGUGGUACGCUCCACUGGGCAUAUUGUUUCUGAUCGCAGGAAAGAUAGUUGAGAUGGACGAUAUAUCGUCAAUGGGAGGGCAGUUAGGGAUGUAUACUAUCACGGUCAUCAUUGGUCUGCUGAUACAUGCUGUCAUCGUACUUCCCUUGCUCUACUUUCUGGUGACACGUAAAAACCCAUUUGUGUUCAUUGGUGGUCUACUACAAGCCCUCGUCACGGCCCUCGGUACCUCAUCCAGCUCUGCCACUUUGCCCAUCACCUUUAAAUGUCUGGAGGAAAAUAACGGUGUGGAUAAACGCGUGACUCGCUUUGUGCUGCCGGUCGGAGCCACUAUAAACAUGGAUGGUACGGCUCUGUAUGAGGCUCUGGCUGCCAUCUUCAUCGCACAGGUCAAUAACAUGGACAUGAACUUUGGACAGAUUUUAACCAUCAGUAUCACAGCAACGGCUGCCAGUAUCGGUGCAGCUGGAAUCCCUCAAGCUGGCCUGGUUACUAUGGUGAUAGUGCUGACCUCUGUGGGACUGCCCACCGAUGAUAUCACUCUUAUUAUCGCUGUUGAUUGGUUCCUGGAUCGAUUGCGCACAACCACUAAUGUUUUGGGAGACUCUAUUGGUGCUGGCAUUGUGGAGCACCUGUCGCGUCACGAGUUGCGCUCUAUGGACGCUGAGCUCGGAAACUCUGUGGUGGAGGAGAACGAGACCAAGAAAUCCUACCAGCUAAUAUCUCAGGAGAGCGAAUGCGGGAAUGCCAAGAUCCCUGACAGCGAGACCAAAAUGUAGACACCUGUUUUUCUGAGGAGUUUUAUUCAUGGAAAACUGGAGUUUUGUACAAACAUUAGUGACUUAGCCAGACACUAGUGAUGUCCGACAUUCAUCUCAAAUCUUUUAUAUACCUUUCAAAGACAUACAGAUGUGUUGAAAAGACCACUGUAGAACCAGAUGUGAAUGUGUGCAGUGCUCAAGGGUCCUUUUUACUCUGUAGAUUUAGUAAACUAAUUUUUAUUAGGAAUAUUAUUAAUUAAUCUAGAUGCAGGUUUGGUUUUAGUUGUUCAAUAGAAACUGAAUACCAUCAUGGAAGAAAUUUGUUUAAAAAACUUCAACUUAAAUUUGAAUAAAUAAAAGUUAAAUUCAUCAUAAUCUGCUCAGUUAUGCACAAAACGGAGUAAUGCACAGGUACGUGUAAUAAUCCUGAAGUUGGUGAUGAUCAUGAAACACAAGACAUGUAACAGGUCAUUUU